AACAACUGCUGCCUCUGCACUCAUUUAAUUGCCUUCAGGCCCUGGUGAAGUAAAAAGAAGAAACCUGCAGGUGACUAACAUCUAUGUCGACAACGUCGGACUGUGGAUCUUUGGGCCCCACUCAGUCUGACCUCCGGUCACCGCUUCUCCGUCCAGUCGCCGGAGUGUCCAACAACCCGGAGAAAAUAUGCAUAGACGACAUGCUGCAGAAACACUGUGGAGAGUUUGGUUACUGGCAGCUGAGGCACUUCGUAUUAACAAGUUUGGCUUGGGCUCUAGAGGCCUUCCACACCAUGGUCAUGAUCUUCGCCGACCGUGAACCGGCGUGGCAGUGUUCUGCCGCCGGAUGCUUGUCCGAGUCGAAGAGCGUGUGCCAGCUUGAACCCGGUUCGUGGAAAUGGAUUGGUGGUGCAAGAAGCUCCACGGUGGCUGAAUUUGGACUGAUUUGUGGGCAGAAAUACAAGGUUGGAUUGGUUCAGUCCUUGUUUUUUGGUGGCUGCAUGAUAGGUGCAGGAGUAUUUGGUCAUCUCUCAGACUCCAAGUUGGGAAGGAAAGGCUCUCUAUUAGUUGUUUGUAUCAUGAAUGCAAUCUUCGGUUGUCUAACAGCACUUUCUCCAGCUUACUGGACUUAUGCCCUAUUACGCCUUCUGACCGGCUUCAGCACCGGAGGGGUUGGCCUCUGUGCUUUUGUCCUAGCCACAGAGCCUGUUGGCCCUACAAUGCGUGGCAUUGCCGGCAUGUCCACAUUCUAUUUUUUCUCGGGGGGAAUAGCUACGCUUUCUGGUAUAGCUUAUAUUUUUCAAUCAUGGAGAUCCCUCUAUAUUGCAUCAUCCAUUCCCUCUGCUCUGUUCGCUGCUAUCAUACUUCCUUUCUUGUCUGAGUCCCCUCGAUGGUGUCUUAUUAGAGGAAAGAUGAACCAGGCCAUGAAGACUAUGCACAGAAUCGCUAAAACGAAUGGAAACCACCUCCCUGAUGGCACCCUUCUUGCCCUUGAUGAAGAAGCAAACAGUGUUCCAGAUAAUGUUCAAAGUGAAAGUAAAGCAGAAUCGGAAUCACAAUCAACCAUAACCGGAUCCCUCAUAGAUGUACUUCACUUGCCACUAACACGAAUUCGUUUACUCCUAGCAGUGGCCAUCAACUUCCUGUGUUCUGUUGUUUACUACGGCCUAAGUUUGAAUGUGGUCAACCUCGGAACCAACAUAUAUCUUAACGUUCUCCUUAAUGCUGUAGCGGAAAUGCCUGCAUUUUUCUUAACAGCUAUUCUGUUAAACAAGUUUGGCAGAAAGCCCCUAGCUAUUGGCACACAAUGGUUCAGUGGGAUAUUUUGCAUUGUGGGGAGCUUGUUAAAAGGCUAUGGAACAUGGAAGAUUCUCCGAAUGGUCUGUGGUGUUCUGGGAAUUUUUGGCAUGGCCGGAACUUAUAAUCUGUUGUUCGUUUAUAUGGUGGAACUUUUUCCUACGGUCGUAAGGAAUGCAGCACUAGGUUGCGCUACUCAGGCUGCCCAAAUGGGAGCCAUAUUAUCACCGUUCGUGGUGGUGAUUGGCGAUAGAAUACCCUUUGUGGUGUUCGGGAUAUGUGGGAUUGCAGGAGGAACUCUAGCAUUUUACUUGCCAGAAACUUUAAACAAGCCUUUGUAUGACACAAUGGCAGGAAUACAAGAUGGAGAAAGCUCGAGCAUGGUUGUUUAAGGUCAUUGAAUGUGACGUACCUAGAUCUACUCAUAAAAUAUUGUACAGUACUCCGUAUAGUCCUGUUUAGUGUUUUGUAUCAGCUUCCCUUCUUUGUUUACAGAUUCCGACGUAAGCAGAUGCUGCAGAUCUAUAAUACAAAACUAAAACAAUGUAAAAGAAACAAGAACAAGUUCUAUGUUGAUAUAAAUUGAACGAUUCCAUUA